CGCUCGCCCCGUCCGGCCCCUCCAUGGCGGCGCCCCUGUCUCCCGGCGAGUGCGGCUACAUCCGCACCGUCCUGGGCCAGCAGAUCCUGGGGCAGCUGGACAGCUCCAGCCUGGCGCUGCCGUCCGACACCAAGCUGAAGCUCGCGGGCAGCAGCGGGCGCGGCGGCCAGGCGGCCAAGACCUUGCGGGUGCAGGAGCAGGUGCAGCAGACGCUGGCCCGGCGCGGCCGCAGCUUCGGGGGCGGCGGGAACCUGCACCGGGCCAGCAGUGUCCCUGAGUACGUUUACAACCUGCACCUGGUGGACAAUGAAGAUGGAGCCAGCUGGUAUGUCCCCAGGCCCAGAGUACAUGACACACAGCAGACACAACAUCUGAGCGCCUGGGACAGACGUGGGACCAGCGGGGCUGCUAUGUGGAGCUCGGGGCUGGUCGUGGGCCCGGGGCCUGGCUGGCACCCUGGGGAGGAGCGGGGCUGGCGUCAGCCACUACGCCGCCUGGAGGUAUCCCCGGACCGGAGCCCGGAGCGACCAUCUCUUGAGCCCUGGGGCCCUGCACUGCCCCUUGCAGAGCCCCGGGGCCCUGGCCUGUUGCCUGCCCGCUAUGCUCGCUCUGAAGUCCUGGGCAGCAGCAGCAUGUCCCGCUCAGGGGCCUGGCAGCGGGUCUGGGACACCGGCCGCCCCCCAUCCCGCCCUGCCUGGCCCCCCAAUGGCUGUGCAUUCACCUGCCCACGGCCCUCCACCAGCCGCAGCACGGGGGACCUGCUGGACAAAGAGAAUCUACUGACUGUGGGGACCGUGAGCCGCCCUAUAGGGACCCUGUCCCGGGUCACCCAGAGCAGGGCUGCCCGCUCUUCCUGGCGCCAGAGCUCCUUCCACAGUGCACGCUCGCUGCCUGUCACCAGCCCCGGGGACACGGGCACCGGGAGGACAUACCUGACCGCCGGGCAAGUGGCUGCUGUGGGGGGAGGCCGCCUGGUCAUGGAUAGAAAUGCCUUCGUGGAGCCACAGCUUGGGAGUGCUGGGGAUGUGGAGCUGACCCUGGAGCGUGCUGUAGGCAUGCUGGACCUCGACUGCCCACCCAGCCGUCUGUCGGCCGCCGCCACCUUCAUCCAGCAUGAGAGCUUCCAGAAGGCAGAGGCUCGGAGAAAGGUACACCAGCUCCGUGGCAUCCCCCGACUCCUGCAGCUCCUCAAGGUGCCAAGCGAGGAUGUGCAACGUGCUGUAUGUGGAGCACUGAGGAACCUGGUGUUUGAGGACAAUGACAACAAGUUGGAAGUGGCUGAACUCAAUGGGGUCCCGAGGCUGCUGCAGGUGUUGAAGCAGAGCAGUGACCUGGAGACAAAGAAGCAGAUCACAGGCCUGCUGUGGAACCUCUCAUCCAGUGAUAGGCUGAAGCACUUGCUGGUGACAGAGGCCCUGGCCACGCUGACCGAGAACAUCGUGGUGCCCUUCUCAGGCUGGCCUGAAGGUGACUACCCCAAGGCCAAUGGGCUCUUGGACCUGGACAUUUUCUACAACGCCACAGGCUGUCUCAGGAACAUGAGCUCCGCAGGGCCGGACAGCAGGAAAGUGAUGAGGAGGAGCGACUGCCUCAUAGACUCCCUAGUCCACUACGUGCGGGGCACCAUCGCCGACUACCAGCCCGACGACAAGGCCACAGAGAAUUGCGUGUGCGUCCUUCACAACCUCUCCUACCAGCUGGAAGCCGAGCUCCCCGACCCCUACGCGCAGAGCAUCUAUGCACCACAGCGCAACACUCAGCCGGACAAUGGCCGGACUGUAGGCUGCUUCGGGGGACGAAGCAGGAAGGUGAAGGAGCAAUUCCAGGCUCUGCCAAUGCUGGAAGAGAAGAGCAACCCCAAGGGCGUGGAAUGGCUAUGGCACUCCAUUGUGAUCCGCAUGUACCUGUCCCUCAUUGCCAAGAGCACCCGGACCUACACCCAGGAAGCCUCUCUGGGUGCGCUUCAGAACCUGACUGCAGGCAGUGGCCCGAUGCCAGCAGCCGUGGCACAGAUGGUGGUGCAGAGGGAGAAUGGACUGCAGCAUGCCCGCAAGAUGCUGCACGUGGGAGAGCCAAGUGUGCGCCGUGCAGCCGUCUCACUCCUGCGGAACCUUUCACGGAACCUCCCGCUGCAGGAUAGCAUUGCCAAGGAGACGCUCCCUGACCUGGUGUCGGUCCUACCCAGCACCGUACCCAGCACUGAGCUGCUCAUCGAGACCACAGCAUCUGCCUGCUACACCCUCAGCAACCUGGUGCAGACCAACCUCCAGCAUGCACGUGACCUGCUGAAUGCAGGGGGGCUGCCCAAGAUCAUAGCCAUCAGUGCCAGUGACACUGCCAUGUCCAACAAAGCAAGCCGGGCAGCCUCAGCCCUGCUGUUCUCCCUAUGGGCACACACGGAGCUGCACGGGUCCUACAGGAAGGCACAGUUCAAGAAGACAGAUUUUGUCAACAGCCGGACUGCCAAAGCCUACCACUCCUUAAAGGACUGAAUAGACAGCACAGG